ACGUCAUAUGUCACAUGUUUUUUUUCUCGCACCAAACAAUCUUCGAAGCAGUCCAAGGUUUGAAGCACGUAUCGAAGCUUCAGUGUCGUGCUGCUAUCACUAGUGACCUAGACUUUUCAUUCAAGCAGCCUCCAUGAACAACUUGAAUGACUCCCCCAACAUCCAACCAGACCCCAGAGGAAGGGGGGCAGGGGCCGGCGAUGGGAACCAAUGGAACUACGCCCUGCUGGUCCACAUGCUGGGACUGGCUGCAUUUGGUUUGAUCUGGAACAAGAAAUCUCAGAGGGAGAUCCAGAAGGUCCAAUCCCAGUAUGAAAAGGAGCUGAUGGAAGAGCGGAAACAGUUACAGCAGGAGUAUGAAGCACUGGAGGAAGACAAGCAAAGGCUGGUAAAGUCCCUAGAGCGAGAGAACGACUGGUACCAUCGAGCCACAGUCACUCUAAAGGAACUAGAGGAUCAGCUCAUGGAGCGGCAGAAUGCCUACUGUUCCUACAUCAUACCUCGAAAAGACCGGAUAGAGAUGGAGAAGAACAUGCUUAUUAAGGUCGUCAAAGAACCCAUCACGACAGAACUGGAUCUAGGGUCCGAUCUGAAGAAUAUUUUCAGGAGAGAUAAUUACUGUGCAGACCUGCUAAACAGGGACAAGAGGAAGAACGGUAGGCUCAUGUGGGUGUACCUCAAAUACUGGCAGCUGCAGGUCACUGUCGAGAAACACAAGAGAGCCGAAGCAGCCAUAUUAGGAAAAAAUCCCCAAUAUCACACAAAGUGACAAAAGUCAAGCAGACUUUGAAGAAUGUUUAUGGGUCAGGAGUAGAAAAUGCAUGUUUGCUUCACUCUGUGUAAUUCUCUUUAUUGAAA